AUGGGUAAAAGGAAGAAAAGUACGCCAAAAGUUCAAAAGAAGUUUUAUCGAUUACCAAAGAACUUCCAUUGUCCGUAUUGUAAUUGUGAAGAUAGCGUCCAUGUAACAAUGGAUUUAAAAAAUCUGCGUGCAGACAUUCAUUGCGUUAAGUGUAAAGAAGGAGUCCCAAAUGCUAAAAUAACUAAAAUUUCAGAACCGAUUGACGUUUACGAUGACUGGGUUGAUCAAAUUCGCGAACAAAACAAGAAUUUCAACCCAGACAAAGAAGAACAGAUGACAGAAAUAUAUGAAGAUGAAGAACCAAUAUAUGAACCAAGCCGCUUACAGUCAAAUGCUACCAGAAGUAAUGAAGACAAGCAUAGUGGUGAUGAAAACGAAAUAGAAAAUACCUCCGAUGAUGAAUCACUCUCUGAUGAUACGGAUAGUUUGUCAGAAACAGAUUGA